UGUAAUCGCUUGCUCGUCCUCUUUGAACGGGAAUCAUUCUUUAUUAGAUUUUUUUUUCGAAACCCGCCAUUUUCCGGAGGAGAUAAAUAAUUGAGGAAAAAAAAAAAAAAUGCGUGUGUCCUACUGCGCAUCCUUGGGAGUGAAUAGGGAAAUAGUGCGCCAGUGUGAGAGAAGUCGUCGAUCAUCCGAGCCGCGCAGCCUCGCCUCCAUUGUUGACCCACGGCCAUAAUCGUCUUCCCCACGCGGGUGACCUUGGUUUUGCAGUGAAGGUAUAUCCAUUCAACCCAGAUUCUCCCCCUUUAUGCUGUCCAACUACCGGUCCUCAAAGCAAGUCAGUCCACAAGAUCCAUCCCCCUCCUAAGGCCCUCCAGGCGGACUCUGUAUGUGCACAGUGUCCGGAACCUUCCCUCUCCCGUCAGAUUAAAUCCUCCCUCACUCUUGACUACCCGUUCUUAUUCCCCUCUCGUCAAACUCAACGCUCACCUGCCCUUAGACUAUUUGAUCAUAAUCCUAAAUCGUCUACAAGUGUUCCGCACCAAAGCUCCCACAUGGCUUCUCCUAAACUGGGUCUGUCAGCCACCACCACCUCCUCGUCCUCGUCGUCCUCCGCCUCCAUAUGUCCUCCACACCCCGGUAGCCCCAGCCGGGUGCCGGAAGGUCCUCCAAGUCCUGUCACCCCCACCCCAAGCCCAGGAGUGUCUUCCGCCUCGGUUGCUCCUACCAGGGCCCAGCUGAGUCUGGCUCUGAUACUAGAAGAGCUGCGGGUGCUUCAGCAGAGGCAGAUCAACCAGAUGCAAAUAACAGAGGAGAUCUGUAGACAGGUACUACGUCUGGGUGGGGCGUCAUACUCAAUAGAUACACCCCCUCAGCAGCUUCUGCCACCACUACCUCAACUGUGUCUGGAGGACAAAAGGUCCAGCAGCCCAACUCCCCAACCGCAUACCACCGAGCCGUCCACCUCUGUAGCUCCUCUCUUGGCGUGCUUCUCCACCCUGCUCCCCUCUCAAGUUGCCAACAAACCUUCAAAGUCCAGCAAUGCCUUGUCUCAAAUCCUGCAACCAUGCAAGCCCCAGCUCGAGGGGACCGGAGGCACUGCAGGGGCUACUAAUUAUCUGAGAGCUAGCAAUCAGUCUUCGGACCCGCCUACCUCCAUUGCGUCUUCUGCCUACCCACUAGCUUUAUCUUUAGCACUACCCAACCACUAUUUUCAGGAGAAAUCUUCAAAUAAUUUGAGUGAACACUGUGGCAAAUCCUACCUAAACGCGUCCCUCUCAUCCGCAUCCCCAAAUGCCCAAUACGCUUUGCAGUCUCUCACCGGAGAGGUCAACUCUUCGUCUACCUCUGCCUCCGGCAGCAGUAGCCGUCUCCAGCAUGUUUGCUGCUUUUGUGGGAAGAUCUUCAGUGGAGACUCAGCCCUGCAGAUACAUCUGCGUUCGCAUACCGGCGAACGGCCCUAUCAGUGCCCGGUGUGCCUCAGUCGCUUCACGACCAGGGGCAACCUGAAGGUGCACUUCUUACGCCACCGGGAGCAAAACCCAGAGCUGUCGCUUUCGCUUCUGCCGCCAUCUUUGUUUGGAGUGGCGUUACGGGCCACGGAUAUGAGUCAGCCUGGUAGCGGCGGUAGCACUAACGCUGCUAUGAACGUGACCGAAAAGAAGGCAAAAAUCCGGCCUGAGGAUGAAAUCUAUGGAAAUGAUUUAGACGUCAGUGGGGGCAAUAGUGGGUUCCCAGUGGGGGCGUCAGGGGGAUCCACUCCUUGUACACUACCUCUGCCUCCAAGUGUGGAUCUGGCCUUGAUUUCACAUUCCUUGCUGCAACUUAAUAGGGCGGCAGCUGUUGCAGCUGCGGUCUCGAUCGCCUCUGGCUCAUCUUACUCAUCCCCCUCCACUUCAGCACCCGCCUCUUCACUGGCCAACUCCCUACUUUCCAUUCCUACUUUAUCUUCAUCGUCUACCAUCUCAGGGUUGUUGAAGGGUGCAAAACAGCAUCACUCUGAUGAAAACACCCCUCCUCAAGCUGCCAUACUAUCUCCUGCAGCGUAUUCCCAGCUGGCACACCUACCCAAGCUCCUUUUCCCAUCCGGUUCGACGACAUCCGUUUCCAGUGCCACACACUCAGCACUCCAUCCAGCCUUGGGAAUGCUACGCACUCCGCUACCAACCAAUUCAGGAUCCCAAGCUUCUACCAGCCUUUCCCACAUCACGUUCCCUUUCUCCCCCUUUCAUAAAGGGCCAGGCCAAGCUGCUACCACUCACUGCUCCGUGCCGUCCUCCACACCUACUUCUGAGACAUCCAAGCUGCAGAGGCUGGUGGAAAAACUAGAAAAGGCGCCUACUCAGUCUACUUCUUUAUGGAAUUCUUCGACAAUGGAGGUGCAGCCAAGCAAUACUAUGACCUCUCCCGCAAGUUCAGCUAACAGUAACUUCUUAAAUACCAGCACGUCUACCACAUAUGUCAUGGCAGCUCCCCCAUCCUCUAAUCUGGUUUCCACAUCUGUUUCAAAGUUUACCCGUCAGAUGGUUGCUGCCCUCGGUAUGGGUGUGAAUAAUGCAAGUGCCAUUGCAGGAGGGUUGUUACCAACCUUGAACAUUGCUCCAGGCAGUAACUUGGCAACCAAUCAAUGUGGUGUGUGUUUCCGGGUCCUGAGCUGCCCCAGGGCGCUGCGCUUGCACCAAGCCACGCACCUUGGGGAACGCCCGUUCCCGUGCAAGUUGUGUGGAAGAUCCUUCUCAACCAAAGGCAGCCUACGCUCGCAUCUGGCGACCCAUCACACUCGGCCGCCCAACGCUCGCGUCCAGAACUCCUGCCCCCUGUGUCAACGUAAAUUCACCAAUGCUCUGGUACUUCAGCAUCACAUUCGUAUGCACCUUGGCGGACAACUGCCCCCAGAAGGUCCCGAAGAUUCUGGCUUUGAGAUGCCGUCCGCACCUGAUGCCAAACCUUUGUUACAACCUGAGAACGCCGCCUCCAGCAAAGCACCUCAACCAGGCAAACCUAGGAGUCUAUCCCCGAGUUCCCAAUUUCAAACCGUAGAGGCCGGCACAUGCCCCAUUUCUGACGCUGAACCCAUUGAAUGUAAUGCAACUCUUAGCAAAUAUGGAUCUUCCAGUCCAGACCCUAAACCCCCUUCCGAUCUCAGCCCUGACGCCUUCAUGAGCACCACUACACAAACUCCACCGCCAGCUACUGACAACGCCCCCGUCCUUUGUGCCAGUGCUCCUGUGCCAGAUGAUUUGGUCCCGGCUGAUAAAGACGACCGAGUUGAGCAAGCCGGGGAUUGUGAGGAAGCCUCCCCAUUUCCUGAUGCGCCCCUCGUCCCCAGAUCGAGUAAUCCGGAUCCACAAAGCACAUCCACCAAUUGUGGCCCCUUUUCCUACGGCACCAUUUCUUCCUUGCCCCCGAAUCAGGAUCUCACUACCGCUGUAGACGCCCAACCGGAACCAAGCUUCGUCCCUUCCAGGGCUCAGUCACCCGAACCAAUGGAAGAAGACAACGAGAAGUUUUGCUCCCCAACCACACCAAAGCAAGACCAAGCUAAAGUCCCGGAGGAAUUCCCCACCACCUCAGAAACCGUGGACAACGUUCAAGGCAGAGACGCACACAAGGCUUCCACUUUUGGCCAGAACUUUAAUUUGGACUCGUUCGAAAGGGACGUACAACUAGAAGGCGUGAAGAUGAUUGGCGGAUGCAAACUAAGUGACGCACCGGACGUCUCUAUCCUGGCCCCGGCCCUACCGUCCCCUAUCGCCCGACCCGAGAAGAAGACCUACUGCUGUGCGGAAUGUGGAAAAGCAUAUGCCAGUCGCAGCGGGCUGAAGGGCCACAUGAAGCACCACGGCGUUGUGACCAAGCCAGCCCGUCCCUCCGCCCGCGCCAGCCGCUCCUGCGCCGAGCCGCCUCCGCCCUCGUCUUCCUUGGCGAUCCCGGCCACCACCAGCUCGGCGGGCUUCUGGAACCAGUACCAGGCCUUCCUCAACAACAGCCCCGGCUCCAACGAGGAGGCCGCUCCCGCCAGCCAGGCGGGGAAGGAGCCCGCCGAGCCCGGCGCGCAGUCCGAGCGGGACGCGGGGCCCCCCGGCGGGGCGGGCUCCUAACUCGGCGUGACAGAGCCCUAACUGCUAGUAACAUGUUGUGACAAGUUGUGAUUCAAAAACCGACGCAAAUGAAAAUGUUGAAGUAAAUAUGUGCGUUAGUGUCACUGUUGUAUGGCCGACAUGUUUUGUUGUUUUUGUUUUUUUACAGAAAGCUCCAAAAACAUCGCUGUGUUAUGAAUAUUUGGUCACGUGGUAGUGAUUUCCGGUGGAACCCGGAAGCGCAGCCACGGUGUUUGUGAACCCGCCGAGGUGCUCUUUUGUGUGGCCUUUGUGAGCAAUGUUGUCGUGCUAAAGUCACACGCUAACUAACCGUGUAACCUUCUUGUCUGUCGUGCGUGUACUUCCAUUGUCCAAAUAUUAAAACACGAGCUGUGGGAAAAUGUGGUUUUUCCUUCUUCUU